AAACCAGAAGAAGAAAAAUGUUACGUCGGUCACUUGGUGACGUCAUCGCGUGUUGGUUUAUGAGGUGUUGUCUCCUGAGAAAUGGAGGACAGGAUAUAAGUACAUGUGUUAUUAUUAUUCUUCUUAUUGUUGUUAUCCAGAAUACAAAUCCUCCCCACAGCAAGUUAUUAGGACAUUGAGUGUGUCGCCGCCGUGGAAGUGCUAGUUAGCAUUAGCACUAGCAUCCAAUGCAGGAAAACAACAUGGCUGCGGCGGAGUUGGAAUGGAUGCCAGAGUCUCUCUACAACACUUCUAUCUCCGUGGUGGUGGACAACUAUGCCCGCUGCAGGAAGGACAUCCGCGCACUGCCGCAGAACAUACAGUUUGAUGUCUAUUACAAGCUUUACCAGCAAGGCAGGCUGUGUCAGCUGGGAGGAGAGUUUUGUGACCUGGAAGUGUUUGCCAAAGUUCUCCGGGCGUCAGACAAAAGACAUCUUCUGCACCACUGCUUCCAGGCCUUGAUGGACCACGGCGUGAAGGUGGCCUCCGUGCUGGCCAACUCCUUCAGCCGCCGCUGCUCAUACAUCGCAGAGUCUCACGUCCACGUCAAAGAGAAGGCCAUCCAGUUUGGCUUCGUGUUGGGGGGCUUCCUGUCGGAUGCAGGCUGGUAUGCAGACGCAGAGAAAGUCUUUCUUUCCUGCUUGCAGCUCUGUGCUCUCCACAGUGAGGUGCUGCACUGCUACAGGGCUGUGGAAUGUUGUGUCAGGAUCCUUCAUGUCCGCAAUGGUAACUGUAAGUACCACCUGGGAGAAGACACCUUCAAGCUGGCUCAGUCUCACAUGGACAAGUUAGCCAAACAUGGUCACCAGGCCAACAAGGCAGCGCUCUAUGGAGAACUGUGUGCCUUGCUCUUUGCCAAAAGUCACUAUGAUGAGGCAUACCGAUGGUGUAUCGAGGCCAUGAAGGAGAUCACUCCAGGGCUGCCAGUCAAAGUGGUGGUAGAUGUCCUUCGCCAGGCCUCCAAGGCCUGUGUGGUGAAGAGAGAGUUCAGGAAAGCAGAGCAGCUGAUUAAACAUGCCGUGUUUCUAGCAAGAGAACACUUUGGCCACAAGCAUCCCAAAUACUCGGACACACUGCUUGACUAUGGAUUUUACUUAUUAAAUGUAGAUAAUAUAUGCCAGUCAGUUGCUAUUUACCAGACAGCACUGGACAUCAGGCAGUCAGUGUUUGGAGGCAAGAACAUCCACGUUGCCACAGCCCAUGAAGACCUGGCCUAUUCCUCCUACGUCCACCAGUACAGUUCUGGGAAGUUCAUUGAUGCUCUGUUCCAUGCAGAACGUGCCAUCGACAUCAUCACUCACAUUCUGCCUGAAGACCACCUGCUGCUGGCUUCCUCCAAGAGGGUCAAAGCUCUCAUCCUGGAAGAAAUUGCCAUCGAUUGCCACAACAAAGAGAGAGAAGAGCGCCUCCUGCAGGAAGCACACGACCUGCACCUGUCCUCCUUGCAGCUGGCUAAGAAGGCCUUUGGAGAGUUCAACGUGCAGACAGCCAAGCACUAUGGCAACCUGGGACGCCUCUACCAGUCCAUGAGGAAGUUCAAGGAAGCAGAGGAGAUGCACAUUAAAGCCAUCCAGAUUAAGGAGCAGCUCCUGGGCCAUGAAGACUAUGAGGUGGCACUAUCUGUUGGUCACCUGGCCUCGCUCUACAACUACGACAUGAACCAGUAUGAAGAUGCAGAGAGACUCUACCUGCGCUCCAUCGCUAUUGGAAAGAAGCUGUUUGGAGAAGGAUACAGUGGUCUGGAGUACGACUACCGAGGUCUGAUCAAGCUCUACAACUCCUUGGGGAACUACGAAAAGGUCUUUGAGUAUCACAACAUUUUAUCCAACUGGAAUCGACUGAGGGAUCGGCAGUUUGCGGUGGCCGACGCCCUGGAGGACGUCAACACCACGCCCCUUCAGACCCAGGAAGUGGUUCGAGCCUUCCUAUUGGCUCAAAGCUUAGGCCACCAAACUCCGAUCCAUCCCAGCCUGGGCUGACACGGCACGCCAGCAAGGAGCACGGCACGAGGAGCAGGUAGACGAGGUGCGCUCACCUGGGAGUACUGACAGGAAGUAAGUGUAAGUACCUUCUCAGGUGACGUCCACACCACACUGAUCUUUUCAAAAGUCAUUCCAAGUGAUGAUUGUGCAUAGCUGAUGUUGUUGUUGUUGUUGUUGUUCACCUUGAAUGUUCUCAAGUGCACACUCUUACCAACACCUGUGCCUUUUGAAAAUAUCCACCUCAACAUGCGGACAGGAGACUUAGCCACGCCCCUUUUCUCUCACCUUGGACACCUGGACCAUGACAUGACAUUUCACUCACACAUGGACGUCUUUUCAUGGCAGACACAUCUAGAAAAUAAAACUUAUACAUGUUGCAAA